GCUUUGAGAGAGAAUGCUUGUGAGCUGAGACAAGAGGAGGUCUUUAGCUGGACUGGAGUCAAACUAUAUAACAAAGAGAAGACACGGAGAACAGGGGGACAACAGGAGAGAAACAAGGCUGAGACCCGUAGAGAGAAAAAGAGAGAAACUAAAGAAGAAGAAAGAGGGGGUGACAACCCAUUGACCCUACAAACAUCAACCAGCAUUUUGUAUCAUCAUGAACACAGACACCAGCCUCAACCAUGCCAACAGCUCUAUACAGCAUUCAGACAUCGAGUUGUUCUCGACUGAAGAAGAUAGCAGUCUCUACUUCACCUACAGUGGAGGUCGCAAUGAGCUGGAGGUCAAUAACCUGCAUUAUGAGGUUGACACAGCGGCUCAGAUUCCCUGGUAUGAGAGGUUAUCAGAGUUCAAGUUGCCAUGGGAGAUAAACAGAAACAAGCAGAUAGCCAUCAAUAGGCUCAGCCUCCGAGUCCACAGCGGACAGAUGCUGGCCGUCAUUGGCAGCUCAGGUUGUGGUAAAACAUCUUUGCUGGACAUAAUAACAUGCCGUGAUGAGGGCGGUACAAUGACGUCCGGUCAGGUUCUGAUUAACGGGAAGCCAAACACACCCCAGCUAGUGAAGAAGAGUAUCGCUCAUGUCCGCCAAGAUGACCGCCUUCUUCCUCACCUCACCGUCCGGGAAACUCUUGUCUUUGUUGCCAAACUGAGGCUCCCCACCCACUUCACACAAGCUCAAAGGGAUCAGAGGGUGGAUGAUGUCAUUGCAGAGCUGCGGCUGCGACAGUGUGCUCACACCAGAGUGGGGAACGACUACGUGAGGGGUGUUUCUGGAGGAGAGAGGAGGAGAGUCAGUAUAGCUGUCCAACUUCUUUGGAACCCCGGCAUUUUGAUCCUGGACGAGCCCACGUCAGGUUUGGACAGCUUUACAGCCCACAACCUGGUGAUCACACUAUCCCGCCUGGCCCGGGGUAACCGUCUGGUCCUGCUGUCAGUCCACCAGCCUCGAUCAGACAUCUUUCAGCUAUUUGACCUCGUCGUCCUGCUGUCGUCGGGGUCAGCUGUUUAUAGUGGCGCUGCUCGUGACAUGGUGCCUUACUUCACUGCCCUGGGGUACCCCUGCCCAAGAUACUGCAACCCCUCUGACUUCUAUGUUGACCUGAUCAGUAUAGACCGGCGUAGUCCAGAGCAAGAGGCCGAGUGUUUGGAGCGGUCCAGAGUUCUGGCUGAGCAGUUGAUGGAAAAGGUCCGAGACACAGGCGAUCACAUGUGGAAAUCAGCUGGGACCAACACAGCACUGACACAGACUGAAAGCCAUCAGCAGCUGAGCGAAGUAAUCACCAUUUCCAAUGAAAGCAACAGACUGCCAGGCCGACUACACCAGUUUACUAUCCUCAUCAGGCGUCACAUGUACAAUGACUUCAGAGACCUGGUCACCUUAUUGGUCCACGGCUUUGAGGCCCUCCUCAUGUCACUGCUGGUCGGUUGUCUCUACUACGGGGCAGGAGAAGAGCGUCUGUCCAUUCAGGACACAGUGGCCCUCCUCUACAUGAUUGGAGCUCUCACCCCAUUUGCUGUGGUGCUGGACGUCAUAGCUAAAUGUCACACGGAGAGAGCCAUGCUCUACCACGAGCUGGAGGACGGCAUGUACUCUGUCACCUCCUACUUCUUUGCCAAGGUCCUGGGGGAGUUACCAGAGCACUGCGUGUUCACGCUGGUGUACGGCCUGCCCAUCUAUUGGCUGGCAGGUCUUAACGAGGCUCCAGAUCGUUUCCUGCUAAACAUCUUGCUGGUGUGGCUGAUGGUUUACUGCAGCAGAGCCAUGGCUCUGUUUGUAGCAGCUGCGUUGCCCACCCUGCAGACCUCAGCCUUCAUGGGCAACUCCUUGUUCACUGUCUUCUACUUGACCGGAGGUUUUGUCAUCAGCCUGGAGAAUAUGUGGCUUGUGGCCUCGUGGCUCUCCCACGCCUCCUUCAUGCGCUGGGGUUUUGAGGGCAUGCUGCAGGUACAGUUCAGAGGCAACAAGUACCCUGUCACCAUUAGCAACUUCACCAUCCAGCUUGCGUUACAUAAACCAGGAAUAUCUUAGACCAGGAUCAGAGACCAUGGAGGGUUCAGCCAAGCAGAGGAAGGCUGCAGAUGCACGUCAGGGGACAGAAGAGGCUAGCAUAGGGUUAGAUGGCAUAAAACAUGGCAAGCCAAUAAUCUUUUGGCAUGGCAAUUAUUUGUUCUUCAUGAAAAUAUUUUAUUAUAAAACAAGUAGAUGCUGUGCAGAGCUAGUUUAGGGCGAGAAUGUUUUUUACUGUUUGUGGUUUAAGGGUAUGUGUGGGUAUGUGACAUACAUUUCUUUAAAAAAACCAGGGCAUAACCUGUCCCAAAUCCACAGAACAUACCAAUUCUGAGCAGGUUUGGAGAAUGUAGUGUGUUCACACUGAAAAAAAGUAACAUAACAAAGGAUACUUGAUUUUUGAGGGCUUUUAAUACGGAACAGGGUGGAAAAAGUGUUCAGAUUCUCUACUUAAGUAAAAGUAUGAAUAGCAAAAUGUAAAAUUACCCAAUUUAAAGUAGGUCUUAAAUUUAAAAUUCUAAUGAAAUUAAAGCACAGAAGUAUUGAUAAUUUAAUCUAUAGUAAAAGUACUAAUGUAGCAGAACGGCUCCUGUUAGUGUCAUAUUACUUAAUGUUGUAACUGAUCAAGAAAGACAUUUUUAUUAAUUCUAUACUUUAGGGUGGUUUGUAAAUACAUAACAUUUUAUAGUGUUGAUAGGUUUUAUAUGAACAAUUUUAAUCUGUACAGUAAUAUAUUACCAUGGUAGUCCGAUGAAUGUAGUGAAG